UGUGAAAUUGAAUAUUCAGUAGUUGCGCUGGGCUGGACUUGUGGGAUGUUUUUCGUCCUGUGAACACUAGAGCGACUGAGGGAGAGUGGUUACUGUUUGUGGUUGGCGUCAAGCGCUACGUAAUUGUCAUUUGGCCAUGGAGCUGCACAUUCUAGAUCACCGGCUGCGAGUCACCAGCAUCACCAAGAGCGGUCUGACGCACUUCACACACUCGCUCAUCAAGUUGAUAUUCCUCCGCCGCCGGACGCGAUGCAAGUUCUUCAGUAUGACCGAGACCCCUGAGAACUACACGCUCGUGUUGGAUGAAGAGGGCUUCAAAGAGCUGGAGUCCUCGGAGCAGCUCCAGACGGAGAGCUCGGUGUGGCUGCCGCUCAACGUCCUCAACAACACCAACACUUCUGUCAACUCUCAGGCUCUGGGCGUCACCAAGAUCGCCAAGUCAGUCAUCGCGCCGCUCGCCCGCCAGCACGUCUCCGUCUUCAUGCUGUCCACCUAUCAGACCGACUUCAUCCUGGUGAGAGAGAAGGACCUGUCGGUAGUAGUCAGCACUCUGGAGGAGGAGUUCAACAUCUACCGUGAGGUCGUGGGAGAGUCACUCCUUGUCCGCGGCUGUGACGUCGCCAACGGCCUCCAUAAGAAUGGCAAAGAGGCCGUGCAGCCCACACUUCACCCAGUGGUCAUCCCCCAGAACCGGUUCUGCGUCAUGUCCCUGGACCCGGACACGCUGCCCUCCAUUGCCACCACGCUCAUCGACGUGUUGUUUUACUCCGGCAGUCCCAAAGAAGAUGAUGCGUCAGCUUCCAGGCCAGACUUAGACCGGAUAAAGUUCUUCUCCUUCUCCCUCAUUGAUGGAUAUGUCUCCCUUGUCAUGGACACAGAUGCUCAAAGACAGUUCCCUGCUGACCUCCUCUUCACCAGCUCCUCCGGGGAACUGUGGAGGAUGGUGCGCAUCGGUGGACAACCGCUGGGCUUCGACGAAUGCGGCAUCGUGGCUCAGAUCUCCCAGCCGUUAGCCGACUGCGACAUCUCCGCCUAUUACAUCAGCACCUUCAGCUUCGACCACGCUCUGGUACCCGAAGAGGACAUCGCCAGUGUGAGCGACAUGCUCAACAAGCAGAGGAUGGACCCGACACCCGACUGAGGGCUGAACCCCCCCCCCAUCCCUUUCAGGAGCCCAACGCGGAAAUUGCCUACUGACACGUUCAGGUUUUUGGCGGGAUGCAGUUCUCAAAAAUGUAGCCAACAUACUAAAAGCAUGUGGUUAAGUGUCUUUUUUUAAUAGGUCAGCAUUUUACAAGUUAGUAAAAAAAAAAAAAAAUACAAACAAGACAAAGUACCAUUAGGAGGUCAAUAACUUGUCUUAUUUGCACAAGCUUGAUUUUGGCGGAUAUGUCUGAUGCUUUUUGGGUACAUUUUCAAUGACUUUGAGUAUUGUGCAAUGUAACUCCAAUAAAAGGUAUGGGAACUUGAAA